GAGAGGAGUCAGGUUUCCGACAGCUUUAGCCGUUGUUUUUGAGUGUGACAAAAACCGGGCUUGAAAGCAAGGUAUAUAAAAAAAGCGAGUGUUGUUGUAUCCAUAUACUAGUUUUAUGGUUUAUGAGCCACACACUCGACACUGAGUUCAAAAGGCAGCAAUAUAUUUUAUUUUAUAUGCGACAUCGUACUCGUGGACGCAUACCAUGUUACCUCCCGUUCCUGUUCCUAUUGCUAUUGAUAUCAACGCUAUAAAAGAUAAGCUCUCCUUUCAGUUGCGACCUUUGCAACGUUCUUUCCAAUUCUGGGUUCGAGCCAUUGACAUUUACACCGGAUACAAGGUGUUUCAAGUGAGAGUCAAUUUCGUCAAAGAUGUGCAGAAGCAGGAAGCAAUGUGGGAACGACAGCACGAGCUUGCUGCCGAUAAGAUUUUUGCCUUGUGCUCUGAUCUCGGUGGUUUCUUCCUCAAGGUGUCCCACAUUUCGAAAUCUAUUUAUUGUUUUUNUGGGUGCCUCUUUUUAGGAUUGCUGAUGCUGAGGAAAACUUAG